AUGGAACGAAGAUGCAAGAUACCUUGCCAAGCCCCCACACUCAUCCUAGAAAAAGGAGUCCUCCAAUGCUUCACUAGAAGGCUUAAACUCUGGGCUAAGCACACGUUUGGUGAGAUCAAGGAACGUAAACCGGUUCUUCUUCAGUCCCUUGACAUUGCUAAAGAAUGGUGUGUGCUUACCCCACAGGAGUUAACAAGAGAAUUGGAGCUUAAACUUGAACUAGAUACGACCUUUAAGCAGGAAGAGGUUUAUUGGCGCCAGCAGUCGCGGGUGUCUUGGUUGAAGGAGGGGGAUGCCAAUAGCCAAUUUUUUCAUAACUUUGCAAAUGGUCACCAUAAUAAGAACUGGAUUAAUCAAGUCUCCUACAGGGAGUCCAUCUUCACCACUGAGGUGGAUUUCGAUAAAGCUUUUAUUGCUUCAUUUCAAUCUCAAUUUGGCACUAGGCAUAGGAACCGAUUCACGUUUGACUGGUCUUGGCUUCUGUCCAAAAAACUAUUUGUCGAUAUUUCUAUGCUCGAGGCACCUUUCACGGACGAGGAGAUCAAGAAUGGUGCCUUUGAUCUUGGGCUUGAUAAGGCCCCCGGUCCUGAUGGUUUCCCGCUACCUAUCAACCUGAUUAGUUCCUUCUUGAAGAUCAUCUCCAAAAUCCUUACAACACGUUUAUCUAGAGUGAUUGAUCGCCUGGUUGAAAAUUCCCAAUCAGCUUUCAUUAAAGGUAGACACAUCUUGGAUAAUGUCGUUGCUGCUGAAGAAAUCAUUUUCCAUCUUCAAAAGCAGAAGAUCCAAGGCAAUGCUCUCAAAGUGUAUUUUUCUAAGGCCUUUGAUAUGGUGGAUUGGGACUUUUUACUUGAGCUUCUUGUUGCUAGAGGCUUUGGUCCUAGUUGGAUUUGUUGGGUGAAGACCCUUCUUGUGUUGUCAAAAGCUUUUAUCCUUUUGAAUGGUUCACCUUAA